ACUAACAUGUUCCUUCAGAUUGUGACUCUGUUAGCCGUGCUGGCCAUCACGAAUGGCGCAGUGGUUUUCUUGGGUCUGGAACCUCAAUCAUCGCAAGGAGGCAGGAUUGUGGGCGGCACAGUCACUUCCAUUGAGGAUCGUCCGUGGCAGGUAUCCCUGCAGCGUUCCGGAGCUCAUUUCUGCGGAGGUUCAAUCAUCACCAACAACAUCAUUGUGACCGCCGCCCAUUGUCUGGGCUCUCCGACCACAGUCUCAAAUCUCCGGAUUAGAGCUGGUUCCAAUAAGAGAACCUAUGGAGGGGUACUCAUCGAGGUGGUUGCAUUUAAGAUUCAUGAGGGAUACAACUACGACACCAAGGUCAACGAUAUUGGAGUGGUGCGUCUGAAAUCGCAACUUGCAUUUGGCUCUACUAUCAAGGCCAUCACGAUGGCAAGUGCGACACCAUCUCAUGGAUCAGCGGCUAGCGUCUCGGGCUGGGGAAAAACCUCCACCGGAGGCUCCUCCUCAGGGACGCUACUCUAUGUGGACACCAAAAUUGUGGGUCGUACGCAGUGCGCUAGUUCCAUCUAUGGAUAUGGUUCCUUCAUCCAGCCAACCAUGAUCUGUGCGGCGGCGACGAACAAAGAUGCAUGCGAGGGUGACUCUGGCGGACCUCUGGUAUCCGGAGGUCAACUAGUGGGCGUCGUCUCCUGGGGACGGGAGUGCGCUCUGGCCAAUUAUCCAGGAGUGUAUGCCAAUGUGGCCGAACUACGAGAUUGGGUCCUCCAGGCCCAAAAGACUGUCUAGCUUAAGCUAAGUGCAAUAAAAACCCAUUCGUAAUAGUAA